CGAGCCAGGUUGCUGGUGGUGAUCCUACCACACCCAAAAGGCGUAGUAGUCACAUACGUCCGCCGCUAACAUUUGUAUCUUUUUUUUUUUUGUUCAUUCGAAGGUCCCCGCGCUUCCACGCCAGCGCAGACAGCUGGAAGCUAAAAGGGAACAGCCACCGAGCUUUACCCGCGCUCAGACGAGAGGGGUCACGCCCUCAAAAGCAAAACAGCUAGCAAAAAAAAGAAAAGGCGCCGCUACGUAGUUGAAUAAAAGCAACCGAGUCGCGCGGCUGGAGCUGUGAACCUUGAACCUUGAACGGACACACGAAAAGAUGGGAUCCAGGCUCGGCAAGGACGGACGGGACAGGCAGGCGGCGCGGGUGGGAACGGGCUAUUGGUUUGCGGCGAGCAAGGCUGGCUAUCUCUCGACCUUGAUUCUGGGGCGUGGGCGCAACAGGGCUUGCAGGGCUGCCCAGCCCCAAGCCCAGUCCAAGAGUCAGCCCAGCCAGGAGCUCGUCGCCGCGCCGCCCACGGGGAUGGUUUGCCCCGGCGGUGGGUAAUCUGGGGUACCUAAUGAUGGAGGAUCCCAUGCCGCGGGUCCUGUGUGGUAAGCAUUACGAUCCGUAAGCAAAAAAAAAAAAAAAAAACCAACCCCAUCACAUCACCCAUCCUCACCGGGUACACCUGCUUGUUUGAGCGAAAGGCGGCGGACAACCCGGUCAGCCCCCAGCUUAGCCUAGCCCACUCACUCCCCAUGCUAUUACCAGGGGGAGGGGACGGCCUAAAUCGGAAUAGGAACAAGGUGG